AUCAAACCAUAAAGUAAUCUAUGAAUUUAGGCGUGUUUAACAGAGUUAAUCUUAAGGAUACCCAAGGAGGAAUGUAUUCCGAAUGGGCUUCUCUAAGUGUUUUAAUUCAACAAGGAUCAGAAGAAAGUCAGAGUGUUCUAGAAAAAUUUUCUCCUGGAGCAGGAAAAGAAGUUGCCUUAUCUAUUGUACGUCAACUGGCAGCAAAUCUUGGUAUUACACAAGCAGCUGAGCCUAGUCCACUAUGUACAGAUAAGGAAGUACAGUGGUGCAUGGAAGUAAUAUGUUUUGGAUUAUCAUUACCUCUGGCUGAACAUGAUACUGUUAGAGAUUGUGUUAAUGUAUAUUGUGAAUGGUUAUCUGCAUUAUAUUCUACACCAAAGAUUUGUGUACCUAAACCAAUUAUAGACGAUCCUAAUUUCUAUGAGAAGGUAAAAUAA